AUGAAAACGUACAAACAGUUUAAACCCGAACGAGAAAUGUCAGAACAAAAUAUUCAAAAGCAACCUCCCACAAGUAUCGUCACUAAAGGACAUACGAAGUCUUUAAUAGAUUUUGUCUCAACAUUAUUAGAAUUGCUCCACUGUGUACCAGAUAUUCGAAGAGCUUUGAACAUUUUUAAUUUGUGUGAAAUUCUUACGGUCGGUUGGAAAGUUCAACGAAUUCUUUACGAAGGUUGA